UUGCGAGCUCCCUCUGCCGUUCGCAGUCGACGUUCAUCAUCCACUAUCGUUGAAGCAAAAUUCCUGUUCUUUCCCAGGGAGUCCGCCAUUGUUGGCGCACGUAUUAUUUCGACUAGGCCGACGAAUAUCGGAAAACAUCCAAGAUGGUGAACUUCACAGUAGAUGAGAUCCGUGCGAUGAUGGACAAGAAGAAGAACAUCAGAAACAUGUCCGUCAUUGCUCACGUGGAUCACGGAAAGUCAACUUUGACUGACUCCCUUGUUUCCAAGGCGGGUAUCAUUGCCGGUGCUAAAGCCGGCGAGACUCGUUUCACAGACACCCGUAAGGAUGAACAGGAACGUUGCAUCACCAUCAAGUCGACCGCCAUUUCCAUGUACUUCGAACUUGACGAGAAGGAUUGCGUCUUCAUAACGAAUCCCGAUCAACGCGACAAAGAGGAGAAGGGUUUCUUGAUCAAUUUGAUCGAUUCACCUGGACACGUUGACUUCUCGAGCGAAGUAACAGCCGCUCUUCGUGUUACGGACGGAGCUCUCGUUGUCGUUGACUGCGUAUCUGGCGUGUGCGUCCAAACGGAAACUGUUCUUCGUCAGGCUAUCGCCGAGCGUAUUAAGCCAGUUUUGUUCAUGAACAAAAUGGACCGUGCGCUUCUUGAACUUCAACUUGAAAGCGAAGAUCUGUAUCAGACUUUCCAGCGUAUCGUUGAAAACGUUAACGUUAUCAUUGCCACGUAUUCCGACGACGAUGGUCCCAUGGGUGAAGUUCGCGUCGAUCCGAGUAAAGGUUCCGUUGGUUUCGGUUCCGGUCUUCAUGGCUGGGCGUUUACCCUCAAACAAUUCUCGGAAAUGUACGCCGAGAAAUUCAAGAUCGAUGUUGUUAAACUCAUGAACCGAUUGUGGGGCGAGUCUUUCUUCAAUCCCAAGACCAAGAAGUGGAGCAAACAAAAGGAUGCUGACAACAAACGUUCGUUCUGCAUGUACGUGCUUGACCCUAUCUACAAGGUGUUCGACAGCAUCAUGAACUACAAGAAAGAGGAGGCUGAUUCUCUGCUCGAAAAGUUGGGAAUCUCCCUGAAACCUGAAGACAAGGACAAGGACGGCAAAGCUCUCUUGAAGGUCGUCAUGAGAACUUGGUUGCCCGCUGGUGAAGCACUGCUUCAGAUGAUAGCCAUCCAUCUUCCAUCACCAGUCGUCGCACAGAAAUACCGUAUGGAAAUGUUGUACGAGGGACCCCACGACGACGAGGCUGCCCUUGGUAUUAAGAAUUGCGAUCCCAACGGACCACUCAUGAUGUACGUUUCGAAAAUGGUACCAACAUCCGACAAGGGUCGUUUCUACGCUUUUGGACGAGUUUUCUCCGGCAAAGUGUGCACUGGAAUGAAGGCACGUAUUAUGGGGCCCAAUUUCGUUCCCGGAAAGAAAGAAGAUUUGUACGAAAAGGCGAUUCAGCGUACGAUUUUGAUGAUGGGACGUUACGUCGAGGCUAUCGAGGAUGUUCCUUCCGGUAACAUCUGUGGUCUCGUCGGCGUCGAUCAAUUUUUGGUCAAGACCGGUACGAUUACAACGUUCAAGGAUGCUCACAACAUGAAAGUCAUGAAAUUCUCCGUUUCCCCUGUCGUGCGUGUUGCCGUGGAGCCCAAGAAUCCCGCUGAUUUGCCAAAACUCGUUGAAGGUCUCAAACGUUUGGCUAAAUCAGAUCCCAUGGUUCAGUGUAUCAUUGAAGAGUCUGGCGAGCACAUUAUCGCCGGUGCUGGUGAGCUUCAUCUUGAAAUUUGCCUGAAGGAUCUCGAGGAAGAUCACGCUUGUAUACCGAUCAGGAAAUCUGAUCCCGUCGUUUCUUACCGUGAGACCGUUUCCGAGGAAUCCGACGUAAUGUGUCUCUCGAAAUCCCCGAACAAGCACAAUCGUUUGUUCAUGAAGGCUCAACCUAUGCCCGAUGGCUUGGCCGAGGACAUCGACAAUGGUGAGGUCAAUCCACGUGACGAAUUCAAGGCUCGUGCCCGUUAUCUCGGCGAGAAAUACGAUUACGACGUAACUGAAGCGAGAAAAAUCUGGUGCUUCGGUCCUGACGGCACUGGUCCCAAUAUUCUCGUUGAUUGUACCAAGGGAGUACAAUAUCUUAAUGAAAUCAAAGAUUCCGUCGUCGCUGGAUUCCAAUGGGCCGCCAAAGAGGGUGUACUUUCGGAGGAGAACUUGAGAGGUGUGCGUUUCAACAUUUACGACGUAACGUUGCACGCUGACGCGAUUCACAGAGGUGGUGGUCAAAUUAUUCCAACAACGAGACGUUGUCUGUACGCUUGUCUUCUGACGGCUGCGCCGCGUCUUAUGGAGCCUGUCUAUCUAUGCGAGAUCCAAUGUCCCGAGGUUGCUGUCGGUGGAAUUUAUGGUGUACUCAAUCGUCGUCGUGGUCACGUUUUCGAAGAACAACAAGUCACUGGCACGCCCAUGUUCGUCGUAAAGGCGUAUCUUCCGGUCAACGAAUCGUUCGGUUUCACUGCCGAUCUUCGAUCCAACACCGGUGGACAAGCUUUCCCGCAGUGCGUCUUCGACCACUGGCAGGUUCUGCCCGGUGAUCCGUUCGAAGUUGGCACCAGACCGUACCAAGUCGUACAGGACACACGUAAGAGGAAGGGUCUUAAAGAAGGACUCCCAGAUUUGUCUUCGUACCUCGACAAAUUGUAACCAAUUCCGUUUCGUCGCACUGUAUUUAAAUAUCUAUUUAAAUAUUGUAAUUCAAUUAAUAUCGCUGGAGCGAUCGGGGCCGUCACGUCAGCUUUCUUUCGGUGGCUUUUGUUUGUUUUUUUUUAGAGCAUAUCGAAAGUGAAAGAAAAUUGUUGAGACCGCGCGAGGAACAAAAGAUAAACGAUAAAACGAAAGAACAAGAAAACAAAAUGAAAUCUUGAAAAAACAAAAAAAAAACACCCAGUAAGGUGAAAAGAAUCCAUUGACCCUCCAAUCCUCGCUGGAAACUUGACUCGCUGUAGCCACCACCUUGUAACGAAUUCUGAUAUAAAGCCUGUAAUUUUUUA